ACCCCCAUACCAACCUACGAAGACACUGCGCCAACACCAAGGACGCUCGAACAAGCCUAUCAAACCCAUUAAAUCCCCUUCUUUUCGAUCCAUACGCCCUAUCAUGGAUGACUUCGCCACCAUCACAGCCGGGUUUCCGACUUCGACGGACGAAGGAAGCGGCUUUAUGGAGCAUUCCAUUCAGAAAGGCGAUAUUCCAGUCGACGCGGAAUCAAGGUCCUCCUGGGCCCCUGGUGGCUGGUGGUGUGCGGUCAUGUAACCGUAUAGCCCCAAGCAUGCUCGGUCUCUGUCGCUAUAAUUUAUCCUCUAAUUAUUGGGCAUCAUCCAAUGUCCUUACGGUCGACUGCUGACUUCAUUCCGAACUGAGCCUCUAGGCCGCCUCAGGCUUCCCAACACAUUAUUGCGACGUCGAUAUUUGUGCGACUAUGACAUUCCUUAUCUAUAUAUUCUCUGUGUGUAUUGACUUGUACAGCAGUCAAGAUCGAGACUGUAUGAUAGAAUAGUGCAACGGCUUACUUCUGUAUAGCAGUCUUACGAAUGUAAAGAACAUCACGACC